AUAUCAGCCAGCGAGACUCCACUGACUUCUCCUUCUCUCCAUGAUGUUCCUCUUCCUCGGCCUGACCGUCUUCUUCUCCGCAGGCUUCUCCAUGGAGAUGAACCAGACCUCCAGGCUGCUGUCAGAGAGCGGGGAGCAGUGCUCGGCCUGCGACUUCCGGGAGCACAGCAAGCAGAUGAGACUCCACAGCAUCAAGUCCCAGAUCCUCAGCAUCCUGCGGCUCGAACAGGCUCCGAACAUCAGCCGAGACAUGAUCCGCCAGCUGCUGCCCAAAGCGCCUCCUCUGACGCAGCUCCUCGACCAGUACGACCCGCGGGUGGAGGACGAGGACCACGCCACCACGGAGACCAUCAUCACCAUGGCCACUAAGCGUACAAUACCAGACCGUUUAUCCACUGCAUGUGAAAUUUCGUUGUUGAUUUACCGCGUUUUUCUGGAAUGCCGUGCGUAAAAGGACGCUCCGUGCGUAAAUCAAAAAAUAGUUUUGGAGAUGGAGCAUGUUUCUUUAGUAAAGCGUGGUUCCUAAACUUUUGGAGAUAUCUGCAAAUACAUCACCCUGAAAAAGCAAUAUCAAAACCAUCUUUUGACCUUUGCUAACUAAGAUUUCAAGUCACAAGUAUCUCCAGAACUUUGAUUACACGUGAGGUAGUUUGGCAAUCCACCCAUUAGAUGUUGUAACGUUGCUCAGAAUGUGUGGGAUUCUGGUCUGAUGAGGACCUUUAGGAGGAUAAGUGAUGGUGUUAGCAUGGAGGAACAAUCAUUGAUAGAUCACACAAACCCUGAUUGGAAGGAACUGAGUUGAUCUUUCGGAUAGAAAAGUUGUUGCUUGUGUUAAUGAAAGAUUAAGUGUCAUCAUGAACAGGAUUUGUUCUCUUGGAAAAUUUCAUGUUUAUCGUUUUACAUAUUUAAAAUAUAUUACAAAAGCUAGACAUAAAUAUUAAGUUUCUUCUAAUUUUACUGGAUUAUACAGUUUAUCAUUCCAUGUUUUCUUCUAGCUAAUCCAAUUGCCCAGGACGAGUUGUCCUCUUGCUGCCUCUUCAGCCUCAGUCCAAAGAUCCAACCUAAGAACAUCCUGCGUGCUCAGCUGUGGGUCCACCUGAGACCAGCUGACAUGGUCACCACGGUCUUCCUGCAGAUCUCACGCCUGAAACCAGGAAGGGAAGGAAACAACACCAGGAUCAGAGUCCGCUCCCUGAAGAUAGACACUGACGCUGGUGCGGGGUCCUGGCAGAGCAUUGACAUCAAAUCUCUGCUGCAAGCAUGGCUGCGUCAACCGGAGACGAACUAUGGCAUCGAGAUAAAUGCGUACGACUCCAAGGGAGAAGAUCUGGCUGUGACCUCAGUGGAGCCUGGAGAGGAAGGACUGGUGAGUGCAGGCGGUAAAGGUACUGCCAUUACUAAUUUGGAAGGGAGGGCAGGUACUUAAGUGUUGUUGUUUCUUGUUCUUGAAAUCAAGUGGUUCAAUAAGUACAUUUAGGAAGAAGUCCAACCUGUAUGACUGCAGGUUGUUAAACGAUUGUUAAAUUCCUCCCCAGCAACCGUUCAUCGAGGUGAAGAUCCUCGACAGCCCAAAGAGAUCACGCCGUGACUCAGGCCUCAACUGUGAUGAAGAGUCUGCAGAGACCCGCUGCUGUCGCUACCCACUCACUGUCGACUUUGAGGAGUUCGGCUGGGACUGGAUUAUCGCGCCCAAACGCUACCGAGCGAAUUACUGCUCAGGAGAGUGUGAGUUCAUGCACCUGCAGCAGUACCCGCACGCUCACCUGGUGAACAAGGCGAAUCCGCGGGGCACCGCAGGGCCCUGCUGCACACCCACCAAAAUGUCACCCAUCAACAUGCUCUACUUCAACCGUAAAGAGCAGAUCAUCUACGGAAAGAUCCCGUCCAUGGUGGUCGAUCACUGCGGCUGCUCCUGAGUGAACUCAGGGGUCUGCAGGCUUGAACACGGAACUCUUUGUUUUCAGUGGAAAUGAUACAAAGGUUGAAAUAUUGUCAAAAAAUCUAAAGUUAUUCUCCCGUCUAUGAAGAGUGCCACAAGUGUUUUAAAGGAAAGGACUCCUUGAGUUGUUUCUAGUUUCAUAUUUGUUUCUUACAUCUGAAGAUAAAACAGGAUAGAGUGAAAAAAAUAGAAAUGGGACCAGUCAUUAUGGAAACAACUGAUAUGAUCCUGAGGUUUUAGCUCUGCCUGUAUGUGUGUACAUUCCUUCCCUGUGUGUGGAGCACAAUAAUGUGUGUCCAGAAACUUUACAAAGAUGCUUCAUGUCCACGAGGUGAACGGGGGGCCGACUGUCCUUUUCCACAGUUUUGUUACUUCCUCAAGUAUCACUCGAGUGUGUCGGUGUUUCCCAAAUUCAAAGUACUGAUUAUCUGCCCUCUUGUGAAUAACUUAGGAGUGCACACAGUGUCAGUAUGGUGCUAAACCUGUGAAUGUGAAGCAUAGGUGUCGAUCAUGAAAUGACACACCGAUCAGCCAUAACAUCAUGACCACUGACAGCUGAAUUAUUACUUCUUGUCCAGCAGUAGGUGAACAUUUUGCCUGUGAGGUUUGCUGUGCUGGAGAAGCAGGAAAAUAGACAAAUGUAAGGAAAUGAGCAAGUUUGACAAAGACCAGAUUGUAAUGAUCAUCUCCAGAACUGCAGCCUUAGUGGGAUAUUCCUGGUCUGCAGGGGUUAGAACCUACGAAAAGUGGUUUAUGGAUGUGCAUGGGGAGUGAAGGCUUGUCUGUUUAGUCCAGUCCAACAGAAGAGAUCCUGGAGAAGUCAGAACACAGUGCAUCACAGUUUAGGUGUGGGGCUUUGAUACCGACACAGUAUCAAACAGGUGCUCAUAAUGUCAUGGCUGAUCGGUGUAUCACGAAUGUAGAAAACAUGAAGAAGAAUGUAAACUCUGAAGGUGCAUAUAGGACUCCUGCUGCUUCCUGUCUUCCUGUUUCAUAAAAAUGUGUCCUGAUUUGAGCCUUGACCAGAACACUCCCCACGGGACGUCUUCCAUGUGUGCCUUUAUUUUGAAAAACAUGAACUGAAUGACUCGGAGCUAACAGAUCGGCCUUCCCUUUUGCCAAAGCUUGUUUGCAAACUCCUUGCUGUGAUUUGUGCUUGAUAGCAUCACAGCAAUAUAAGCAAGAAAAGUUAUUUUUUCAACGAGAUGAGCAUCGAGCAGUUUGUGACCUGUGAUCGAACUCUGACCCCUGUAGUAUCAUGACUUAAUGUCAUACGAUAUUUGAGCAUGCUAAGAGUUAAUAGAAACUUACAAGCACAAGUUCAGGUGGUAGGCUGAGAUAUUUGUUGAACGCAUUCACAGGAUUGUAAAAGUUUUGUGCGCGUGGGUUUUUGUUGCUUAAAGACAGGAUAAAGAGUGAUUGUGUUUACAGUCGUUGGAGAUUUUGAGUUUCUUUGAUGAAGUAGGUUGAGGAAGAACAUGCAGUAAAAGGGCCAGAUUAAAAAAAACAAAGAGCUGGUCGGGAAGCUACCAACCUUACCUCGCUCAAAGCAGGUGUCUAACCUGAGAAGUUACAAGCUCACCAUGUAAAUAGCUUUCUGAACAAUAAAAAGAAACCCUUCGUGCCCUCAAAAGAACUUUUUAAGUUUCCAUACCUCAACUGGUACGAACAGGCUUCAAAAACAUUUUUUUAAGAGUCUGAGCGUUUGAUGAGAGCUCGUUUCAGCUUCAGUAAUCAUCACUGACUUGUAACACAGAGAGAAAAAUGAGAGGAAAGGUUUUUUUUUCAAUCCAUCAGCUGAUCACAAUGUGAGGGCAGGAACUGUGAUCACAGAGGGAGGUGUGAUCUCAAUCUGAAGCUGAGUGCAGAUGUCCUGAGUGUUGAUGUGCUUCACAGGGGUUUCUGACCCAAAAGGCUUUGUUCUGCUGUUGGAACAGAGCGUACACAAGCAACAGUUUCAUGUUUGUGACUCUGAAGAGUGAACAAAAUGUCCGACAAGUUUACUUCUUGUGUAGAUUGUUUGCUUUCCUGCCAAAGAAGGGUAAGGUCUCUGAGAAGUUUAAUCACAUUUUACUGUUUAUGCAUUUUUUUUUAUUUUUUUUUAUUUUAUUUUGUGUUUGUUUUUUAUGACUGAGACUGAAGUGAAAAGUUUUUGGGUUUGUUUCAGUUCAUUUCAAGAUAUAAAAAGAUGAUUGGAUUGUGAGAGUUUUGGAAAACACUUUAUGAGCUUUGUGUUAAUUUUUGUGCUUUUGUGUCACCGGUUUUGGAGCAGUUUUGGCCUCCACCUGUAUGACUUUGAUGCCACAUUACAAAAGGUGAAAAUCACUUUAUCACAAGUGAGAAUCAUGAUGUAGGUGCUAACUUUUCACUGUGAUUGCAAACACAUUUUCAGGGGGGAAUCCAGUCAUUUUUCUAAAACAAUUUUGCAGAAAUAUGAAGUAACCUCUGGCUGUUUUCUUUGGAAAUGUCUCACCAUUAAUAUAAACUAAAUGCUAGUUAUGAACAGAGAUAGUUCCCUACAGUUAUCUGGUUUCUUGUGAUCAUUACACUCUCAAAUCUGACUUCAAAUUCAACAGGCUGAAGAACAGCGGUGUAAAAAAAGUCUGUGGAUGUGUCACCUAAAAGAAUUGAGUGAACCUGAGCUGCAGGACUCAGCAGACCUCUGGUUUGAGGAGUGUGUUUGUUAAUACUUUGGCACAGGACCUUGUUUUCUGCCUUCUUGAGUUUGUCCUGUUAUUAUCAGCAUCGCCAUCAUUCACUUUUGUGCCACAUGGUGGCGCCAAUGUACAUUCCUUCCAAAUUCCUAUGGCAUAAAUGUUACUGUAACGUUUUUUUAGAAUCAAAACCAACUGUACUUCUUUGGAUUAGUGUCACCUUUUAAAGGAGUAAUCCAACAGUUUAGUGCAAACUGCACUUUUUGUACAUGAAUAACCAAAUGUACUCCAAAUGUUUAAAACUUCACAUAUCCUCUGCUGCACGUCUGACCUGGCACUUAAAAAAUAUAUAACUUUUUUAUAUGCUAGAAUACAGUAUUAUUACAUGACUCAUCAUGUAAUAAUAAUCACACUAACAGUCUCUGAUAGGUUUAUACAUUGUACAUUUUUGUGUAUUGUCUGUUCUCUGUAUUAAAGGCUAUUUUAUUUUCCUCCUGAAGGAUUUAAUGUUUUCUGAACCAUCUAAUAAGAAACAAAGA